AUGGUCCAACGUGAGAACUCUUCGUGUGCAUAUCGGUUGAGGCAAGGACUGUACAGUUCCACCUACAAUAAGAGCAAAGGUUUAGGGUCAGAGGAGCCGCCUACCACAAACCUAGGUGCCUCUCUUGCCACAGAGGAGCCGCCUACCACAAACUUUGAUGCCGCUUUUGCCGCAGAGAAGCCGCCUACCACAAAUCUAGAUGCCUCUCUUGCCACAGAGGAGCCGCCUACCACAAACCUAGGUGCCCCUCGUGCCACAGAGGAGCCGUCUACCACAAACCCAGUUGCCCCUCUUGCAACAGAGAAGCCGCCUACUACAAACUCAGGUGCCUCUCUUGCAACAGAGGAGCCGCGUACCACAAACUCAGGUGCCCCUCUUGCCACAAAGAAGCCGCCUACCGCCUUACCUGAUAAUUCUAAUGCCUUAGAGGGCUUUGAUGGUUUGUUAUGUGACGAAGAACUAAACCUGGGAUUCCUGGAGAAUUCAGAACUUCCCAGAAAGAAGCUCAAAGAACCCACUGAUAUGGAACGUGAGACCGCAUCGUGUGUACAUCUGAUAACUGGCCAAUCAGCCACCGAGGAUGACGCUGUUAGGGCGCGCCUGCUUGUGGGGGUUGUCAGACCCAGUCAGCCCAGGUACCGAACUAUGAUGGUUUUGGCCACGGAAAAUGAGUAA